UAUAAAUGAGGAAAGGAGGAAACGUCAGCUGACCCGUUACAAACCCAUGUCCAGUUGUUUACAAGAGUGAUGCCAGAGUGACGGAGUGCCAUUCCCUCCUCAACAUUCAUCAUUAUUAAGGAUCACUCACCUUUAAUCACAGUCUUCACCAUUCACGGACAGAGGAAUGGCAGGAGGCUUCCGCUACAAGGUGUGGGAUCCACCACUCAUCAUCUCCCAGAUCAUAACGAUGCAGGCAGUGUUCUACGUUGGUCUGGGCAUCUGGGUGGCCACUCUGGACCUCUUCACUGGCCACCAUCGCUCUCUAGACAGCCUCUUCAAGUACCAGGAACUACAGGUAAAAGAGGUUCAUGGACGAACAGUGAUGGCAGCCUUCAUCCUUAAUGCCCUCACCAGCUCCCUUGGACUGUGGAAGGUGGUACAAAGAACCAAGCAGUGUCUGGACUUCACAGUCACUGCCCAUGUGAUCCACCUGUGUGCCAGCUGGUGGUACAAUGGCCACCUGCCUUCACAGCCCUCUGUGUGGCUGCUCAACUUGGUCACCAUCACCCUCAUGUGUGUGCUGGGCGAGUACCUGUGCAUGCGCACUGAGAUGCAGCACAUUCCUGUACUCGGCUCCUCCAAAGUAGAUCUGUGAGUGUGUGUAUGUGUCUGGGUGUGUGCAUGUGUGUAUGGUUGUGUCUUCAAGAGCGAGAACAUGAGAGAGUGACUAAAAUUAUAUGGUCUUUAAUUUUGAAACUUCUUUCUUCCCAAAGAACCACAUGUUUUCUUCUUCAUUGUAUAGUAAACUAUUCAUACUAUUAUAUGUAUUUACAUAUGAAAUAUUACAUGUGCAUUCAUCACUCAUCUUUGUAUUUUGUUCAUAUAUGCUUUGCUGCUCGUUCAAAUAUUUAUGGUUUGAACACUUACACAUAAAUGCAUUAUGUAUUAAUAUAUAUGUGGCCUGUUUCUUACAACUGUUUGAAAUUUAUAUAAACAUUGUAAGUAACUA